UUCAAUGUAUUUGUGGCAAAUCAGUUAAAUUGGAUAGAGAAUAUAGAGAAAGUAAUUUAAUAAGUCAUAAUCAAUAUGGUAAAUGUGGCAUCAUUUCUGACAAACAAUUAAGUACAAAAUCUUUUUUUAAUCAAAGCACUAUUUUUGAUGAUGUUAAUUCCACUAGAGUUGCUUGUUGA